GUCCUAAAGGAAGUAAGACUUAACGAUCGUUUAAGCCAUUAUAAAGGAAACAGUGUGAUUAGGUGUGGAUCAAUUCGGAUGUAGUCAAUGGACAAUUUAGUCCUUUAAAUGGAACAUUUUACUAAUAUUAAUUGGGUUGAAUUGUUUCCAAGGAUUUUAUUAUCACGUGAUACACUAGAGUCAUUGAUUUGAAGAAAACAAUAAUGGAAAGAAGCUAUGAUUAUAUUACGUAUCAUGACUCUGUAAGACGGUUCUCAGUCAUCGGGAUUUGUAAUGCAAAAGAUUUGCGGGAUUGAAUUUAACUACAUUUUGAAAUUAAAUAAUCAUUUCUUGGACUAAUAUAAAGUGCCAGAAAUACAGAUACAGAUACUAACUGAAUUAAAUGUAAAAUGAUAUUGUGAUUAACAAUUGUGAUUUAAUUGUGAUAAAUACAUAUUGGUUACUGUAUAGGAAUUUUCUUCUGAAAACAUACAAAAUGUCUCGAAUUAUGCACGAAGAAAAGGAAUUAGCUCUGUUGAAAAAGAGAAGUUCUGUGAAUCCCCCACCACUAUAUAGUGGACUAUAUAAUUUGGAUGACAAAAUGGGGCUCAACGGUUGUGGGAAUUUUCUUAAGUAUUCCAUGUUUUGCUUCAAUGCAAUUAUAUUGGUUGCAGGAUGUGGACUACUUGGUUUAGGUAUUUAUACAGAAACCAGUCAAACUGGACUGACUAAAGUAUCAUCAAUAUUAGGGAGUUAUCUAUAUUCCACAUUAUCAUUAGUAUUAAUCAUUGCUGGAGGAGUCGUCAUUGUCCUAUCUUUUCUUGGCUGCUGCGGUGCUUUAAAAGAAGUAAAAUGCAUGCUUGUAACGUUUUUUAUAUUGUUAUUGUUAAUGUUUACUGGGUUGGUCAUUGGUGGAACUUUAGUUUAUGCCUUCAAAGAUCAGAUUGGAGAAUACACCAUAAACGAACUAUACAAAUCACUUAAUACGUCCUAUGGUUUAGAAGGUCAAACGUCGGUGACGGAGGCAUGGGACUCUAUGCAAAAAAUGUUACAUUGCUGUGGAGUUGAUGGUGGAAUAAAUUCAACUACAUCAUGGGCUUUUUAUAAAGAACACACGGAAUGGUUUAGAAAUCAAUCAGACAAUAUGAAACGAUUUGUACCAGAAAGCUGCUGUAAAAGUCAUAUGGAUUUAAAUGUAACUAAAUGUCAAGCUAGAUUAGAUAAAAAUAUUAUACCAGCUAUUGGGCCACCUGUUUAUUACGAUAUGUAUAAUGAUCAGAUAUUUACUGAGGGAUGUUACACUGCCUUUUACAACUUUAUUGCUGGAAACGUUCAGAUACUUGGUGGUGUUGGCGUUGGAAUUGGACUUAUUAUUGUUAUGGGAAUGGUGUUUUCUAUAUGUUUAUGUAAAAGAAUAAAAGAUGAUUAUUAUUUUGAUUGA